AUGGCUCCUCAGUCGAAGACCAAGAAGUCCAGCCAGGACAACAUCAACUCGAAGCUUCAGCUCGUCAUGAAGUCGGGUAAGGUGUCGCUCGGUCUGAAGAGCGCCCUCAAGAACAUGCGCAGCGGCAAGGCCAAGCUCAUCCUCAUUUCGGCUAACACUCCUCCUCUGCGCAAGUCGGAGGUCGAGUACUACGCCAUGCUCUCGAAGACUGCUGUGCACCACUACCAGGGUUCGAACAUUGCCCUCGGUACUGCUGCCGGUAAGCUCUUCCGUGUUGGUGUUCUCACGGUGAUCGACGCUGGUGACAGUGACCUGCUCACCUCGAUGUCGGCUUAA